AUGGCCUUUGCUGAUCUGCUGGAGAAAACUGGAGGCAUGGGACGGUUCCAGAUCAUACAUGUUAUAUUACUAUGCAUUCCAAUAUUACUUAUGGCCAGUCAUAAUCUUCUACAGAACUUCAGUGCUGCAAUUCCAAGUCACAAGUGCAAAAUAAAUUACACUGGGAUUCUUAACAGUAGCUCUGUCAGGGAUGGCUGGGUGAGGGUGCUCAGUCCCCUGGAUGAAAAUGGGAGGCCUGAGUCAUGCCUGGAGUUUGUUGAAGAACAGUGGAGGAUGGUGGAUUCCAACAGUACAUUCUACAAUGUCUCGUCUGUGCAGACAAGAGACUGCAUGAGUGGAUGGGAGUAUAACAGGGAUGAAUUUAGCUCAACCAUAAUCACUGAGUGGGAUUUGGUAUGUGGAAAGAAAAACAGAAGACAACUGGCUCAGUCCAUAUAUAUGUCAGGUGUGCUGGUCGGAGCCAUCAUUCUUGGAGGUCUAUCAGACAGGUAUGGCCGAAGGGCGUUGCUGAUCUGGUCUUACUUACAAAUGGCUGUCAGCGGGAUCUGUACAGCCUUUUCCCCAAAUUACCUUUCCUACUGUGUGUUCCGCUUCCUACUUGGAAUGGCUCUGUCUGGAGUUGGCUUGAACACUACAGCAUUAAUUGUAGAGUGGGUUCCAACCAAAGUUCGCACCAUCACUGGUACCCUGGCAGGAUAUUCGUACACGGUUGGUCAACUUCUCUUGGCAGGCUUGGCAUACGGCAUCAGAGACUGGCGAUGGCUACAACUGUCUGUCUCCCUACCGGCUUUUAUGUUCUUCCUCUACUCCUGGUGGUUCUCUGAAUCUGCCCGCUGGCUUGUCCUCUCUGGUAAUCCCAUCAAGGCUGUCAGUGAAAUGAAGAGAGUAGCCAAGUACAAUGGGAAGGAGGAAGAGGCUGAAAGCAUAACACUGGAGACGCUAAAAGCUGACAUGAUGAAGGAGAUGGUUUGUGCAAAAACAUCCUAUUCAGCUAUUGAUUUGGUUCGAACUAGUACCAUGCGGAGGAUAUCUUUUGCUAUGAGCUUGGUCUGGUUCUCCACUAGUUUUGCCUACUAUGGAUUGGCGAUGGAUCUGCAAAAAUUUGGGGUCAGCAUCUACCUUAUUCAGGUUAUCUUUGGAGCUGUUGAUUUUCCAGCCAAGCUAAUUUCUACUACAAGUAUGAUCUACAUUGGUCGGAGAGUCACACAGUUCUUCUCCCUCCUCCUUGGAGGACUUGCUAUACUGGCAAACAUCUUUAUACCAAAUGACCUUCAGACAUUGAGGACCAGCCUGGCAGUAUUUGGGAAGGGCUGUUUGGCUGCUUCAUUUAGUUGUAUUUUUCUUUACACAACAGAACUGUAUCCUACAGUGAUCAGGUGA